ACAUCUUGUGUAUUUUUAUUCAUGCAAGAGAUUCAGAGCAGCUGGUGAUGCCAGUGGGCCAACACCACAGUCAGGAGCCAAAAAACACAAUGUUCACUGAAAAUGCCAACCUACAACACCCACGUCACUACCAUGAAUUCCUUCUGCGCAGUCGACCCUACAGGGGGGAACCGCCGACAGUGGCAGGGCUACUUCUCUACCCAGACACUCCUGAUAAGAUGGCGACCACAUCACGAGAAGCUUUUUGCUUCAGGCCCAUCCCACAAGACAGAUGCAAAGGAGACCUCAUCAAGAACACACAGCAGGAGUCCCACUGGCCAUAUACCACAUCCUCAAGACAAUCAGGAAGUGGAAACAGUAGAAGCAGAGACAAGGAGUCUGUGGAGGACCAGCAAGAUGCCUCCCAUAAUCAGACAGGUUCAAUAGCAGUAAAUCAUGAACAAGACACAACAGAGAUGCAGUCUCAGUAUCAGAAGGAUUUCCCUCCACCAACCUCCUGCCGCAGGAGGCGAACACCUGCCCUCCCACAGCCGGACAACAUCGGCAUCAACCCUGCCUUCAAGAUCGAGUUGAGCACAGUCCAAAGAGAGGCGUUCCCUGGUUGGCCCAUCAUGAAUCCCAGCUAUGCUAGCAAGCUGAGUGGAUUCAUCCAGACAAGCAAGCAUAACUUCUGAGCAAUAGUCUUUAACAUACCAUAUGUAAAAAGAAAAAAAAAGUGUAUUUUCUAAUAAGUGUUUGA